UAAAUUUGCCGAAUUAAUCAUUCAUCUCCCUGCUUUUAUGUCAGUGGGGGAAAGUGCGAUGAUCCGCAGACACAAAACUCCUCUCCUGAAUUCAGUUUAAAUCAAACCGAACUUGAGCGCCUCUGACUCUGAAGAUCUCAGUUUAGGAGGAGUUUAUGACUCCUGUAGCUCUCCCAGGACCUUUACCCAAAACGUUUUGUACAGCGUGAGAGUUAGGCUGAGGCGGUGGUAGCAAAUUCACUGGGACCUGCGGAGACUUUUGUCGUGCAAAGUUCGGUCUCCUGGUCAAGUGAACACUUUGUGGGAAAUGAGCCAAACUAACCGACAGUUAUCUUAUGACAAAAUCUGGCCAGCGGGGGAGAAAUUAACGACAGGCGACGCUAUGAGCGCUCCCAGCAUGUCGCUGAAAACUGAGGAAAGUCGGUUUUAUUUCACCAGAAAUCCAACAGGAACCGGUGCUUGCAGGCUUAAAGAACCAGACAGUGCAGACGUAAACGUUUAUGGACCCGGGCACAUUAAUCUGCAAACCUGUGCCAUGGAAAAACACUGCUGUCAAACAGCUGCUGCUCCUCAGGAGUUGGUAAACGCUGGCUGCCGUGUGGGCGACAACCCCUCUUUUUCCGCCUGCGCCACAAUCUCAGAAACCGCCCGGGAGCUCUGCAAAGCUGUGUCCGUUUCCCUGGGUCUGGCCAUGGAGUCCAACGACACGAGCGAGGUGGACGUCGCUCUCCCCCCGUGUGCCGCGAGUGACCAUAUACGCGGGGAGAAUCUAUUUGGAGUCGGAGCGGUGCCUCUGAACUGUCCCGGAGCCCAGGCUGCCGGUGCAGAGUACAGGUGCCCCGACAGAGGUGACCGGCCCCUGCACGGCCAGAAGCAACUGGUGGAAGUGUUCAAAAGUUCAGAUCAAGCUGCGCCCCUGCACCACUUCACCUCCACUCGGACAUCUGUGGAUGAGCAAAACUUCACACUGUGCGAGGCUGAUGACAUAACUUCAAAAGAGAUAGACGAGCUGGACACGGCGCGCGCUGCCUCUUGCCCUUAUGCCCCAUCCGCACCAGGCAGCCUGGCACGCUCUGGCCACACGACUGCGGAGAGGCCGUGCCGGGUCUACAAACCCCCAGGCGGGACGAUGGACUCCGUGGAAGCCGUGGAGAGCAAGUUCGGUGGUUAUCGGCCAGAACAAUACGGCGUCAAAGUCAAAUGUGAGGACAGCGAAUCUGCCGGGCCGCCGUGGGCCGGUAAUUACACUUUUAAUGAGAGGUACAACUCUCAGGUUUGGGGCUCGAGGCACUGCGUGAAUGCGCAAGGUGCGGGAGCCAACGCCGCGUUCAUAUGUAAUCCAUACGAGAGGAGCGUCAUGCGGUCUGAAGAGUGGUACCCCGGCGGGAUGCUGAGGCCGUCCUAUCCCAGCUCCAGCUACAUGAAGACUGAAGUCGGCGAAUGGCUGGAUGCCACUUACAACGACACGAGGUAUGAGGCUGGCAGAGAGCACAUGUUCCCCAUGGAGUUCUUCUUCCCACCACAGAGGAUGUGCCUGAUCUGUUCAGACGAAGCAUCUGGCUGCCAUUACGGUGCACUCACCUGUGGCAGCUGUAAGGUUUUCUUCAAAAGAGCUGCAGAAGGCAAACAGAAAUACCUGUGUGCAAGCAAAAACGACUGCACUAUUGAUAAGCUAAGGAGGAAGAAUUGUCCAUCUUGUCGGCUGAAGAAGUGUUUUGAAGCUGGAAUGACUCUCGGAGCACGUAAACUAAAGAAGAUUGGACAGCAAAAAAACCCUGAGGAGGAUCAUCCCAUGCAGGACCCUGCAGAGGUCAUGCAGAAUAUUUCUCCUAAAUCAGGCCUGAACUUGAACUCCCAGAUGGUCUUCCUCAGCAUCCUGGAGUCCAUUGAGCCCGAGGUGGUGAAUGCGGGGCACGACUACCGCCAGCCAGACUCAGCUGCCACCCUACUCACCAGCCUCAACGAGCUGGGAGAGAGACAACUGGUCAAAGUGGUCAAAUGGGCAAAAGGACUACCAGGUUUUAGAAAUCUCCAUGUGGACGACCAAAUGACUGUCAUUCAGCAUUCAUGGAUGGGGGUGAUGGUGUUUGCCCUGGGAUGGAGGUCCUAUAAGAACGUCAAUGGCAGGAUGCUUUACUUCGCCCCGGAUCUUGUGUUCAAUGAACAUCGGAUGCAUAUUUCCACCAUGUAUGAGCACUGCAUACGGAUGAGACACCUCUCACAGGAGUUUCUGCUGCUGCAGAUCACCCAGGAGGAGUUUCUCUGCAUGAAGGCCUUGCUCCUCUUCAGCAUUAUCCCAGUUGAGGGUCUGAAGAGUCAGAAGUACUUCGAUGAGCUACGUCUCACUUACAUCAACGAACUCGAUCGGCUCAUUAACUAUCGAAUGACGACCAACUGUUCUCAGAGGUUCUACCAACUCACCCGACUCCUGGACUCUCUCCAGAUGACGGUAAAGAAGCUCCAUCAGUUUACAUUUGACCUUUUUGUCCAGGCUCAGUCGCUCCCCACCAAGGUCAGCUUCCCAGAGAUGAUUGGAGAAAUAAUCUCAGUACAUGUACCAAAGAUCCUGGCAGGUUUGGCUAAACCGAUCUUGUUUCACAAGUAGAAGGAUUUUUUAUAUCAAAAAAUAACUGAGCUCUGCUGCCUCCAUAAACUUUUUUAAAGGCUUUGCACUGUUUCCCCACAUGUUUGAUCUAAUAGCUUUUAGCCCUGUCCCGUGAUCAUUAUUUUAUUGCUCAAGUUUUUUUUUGUUUGUUUGUUUGUUUUUGCCUUGUAGCCAUAAUUAAAUUUUUGUUCAGAAAGCUUUUUAUCUGAAGAGCUGCAAGGCAUCACCUGUUGACAGCAGUCUGUAAAUUAUGAUCACAGAAACCUAAAAGUAUCAGGGUUAAAAACAUUUUUAGUUUUGCAUGUGACCUUCAUUAUACAUUCACUUGAUGAGGUACUAAAAACAAGAGAAGAAGAGAUGGCCCAAAGAGGAGAAAUACAAAAACACAGAAUUGCUGCCUUCAGGUGCAAGCUCCUGCUUGUGAAAAUGAGAAAUAACAAUUUAAAUGUUUAAAACAAGAAAUGUGUAGGUUUUCAAAUUGUCACAUAAUUCAACAUACUUUUUAUCAAACAUUCAGACAGGUGCACAAAAUCCAGAAAUCUUGCAGUGGCAUUAAAUGUGUUAUUACUCAGUGUAAAAUGACCAGAGUCAUUACUAGCAAUCAGUGUAGAUAAGACACGUGAGAACUGCAACUGUAAAACACAAACUUGAUGUUGUCAUGGUACUUUGAAAACCGGAUUUUCCUGCAGGGUAAAUGUAGUUGUUGUGCUGCAGGUGGGUUAUUAAGGCUAAAGCCUGUGUGGACAUGUGAUGUCUCAAUUAUAACCAAAAAAUAAAUCUUGAAAUUAGAAACUGAGUAGAGUACUUGUUACUGAUACAGAUAUCCAACUAGGUAAUAAUUAAUUACCUAAUGGGCUCACAUGCUUCACAACAGCAGAAAAUUAUCUCCCAGUUGUUUCUCUAUUUACACACUUAUCACAACUAAAGACUGUUUUAAAGUACUUCAGAAUUUACACGUUGUCUUCACGCAGUACAUUGCCCUUGUUUGACUGAGGCAGCUCAGUACAACGCAGACACAUCCAGAGGACACUUCAUACUUAUUGUCGCUCUGCACUUUUCCUGUCAGGUUAGCAGCAAAUGUGUAGAGAUGUUUUCUUGAUGCCACUAAAUUUUAAUUUAUAAAAUAUGCAGUAGAGAAACUUGUUAAAGCAGGUACUUGUCAUAAGUGAGGUUGGAGAAAAUGGAACAAUUUGUCUAGAAGUUUUGAUACUGUAUUACUGUACUGCACUAGUUUAUAUACAAUAAGUAAAUAUUAAAUUGACUUUACAAUCCAACCCAAAGGCAACAUGAAUCUUACUGACAGUAAACUUUAUUCUUACCAUAUUUAUCCUGCAUGAAAUCUUGGUGAAUGUUGCAUGAAAAUUUAAAUUUAUUAUGAAACAAUUUGAAGAAACAGUUAAAAAGUGGCUUUAGAAAGAAAUUGAUCCCAUCAGAUUAUUUUAGAUUUUUACCAUAAACUAUGUAAAAGCAAAGCAAGAACACAUGACAAAUUAUAAGUGUUUGUUUUAGUUUUUUCAGGAGAUUCAUUGAUAAAACUAAAAUAAAGUCAUUAGCUACAACGCAUUAGGUUCACAGCUCUUCACUCGUCUGCCACCAUCAUUGCCAGACAACAUGGUUUUGACAGCUUCACGCUGAGAGCGGCGGGUUGCAGCGGCAGGGAUUGGGAGAAAGGAUGGCAUUAAAUACAGACAAAUGCUGAAUGAGAACUUGAUUCACAGUGCCAGAGAUCUCAGAUUAGGGCAGUAAUGUUCCAACAGGACAACUCACAGCCAGCGUAAAACUGGAAGGCCUUCAGAUGUAGAAUGUGAAAGUCCAUGGCUGGCUCUGCCAAACCUCAGAGAUAAAGACAGAGAAAAAAAAAAUUAGUGGAAUGCUUUGAAGAAAAAUGAUCAGAGACGCUUAAGUGGAGCUAUUGGAAAGUGUUACUGAUAAUUCACUGAGUUGAAUUCAAUUAUUAGUUUUUGUAUAAACCGAGCUGGAAAAACAUAAAGGCACUUUGUACAUACAGUCACACUCUGCGCGAUGCAGGGUGUAAUUUACACCAAAAUUGUAUCUUUGAGUUAAAGAUCUACAGUUGUAGCAGAUUAUAAUUUCAAUCCAACACAAACUAAAUUUCAGAUUAACUCCUGUGGCUUGUUAUGCAUUAUUCAAAAAUGUUCACAAUGUUUUGUAACUCUGUAAAUUCAACACUUUGUAACAACUUGUUUUACAAGCUCAUAGGUGCAUGCAUCAUGUGUUUGUAUAACUGUUUGUGUAACUUUUAGCUUUACAGAACGCAACGCAUGGACGUCCAUGUACCCAUCCAGUUACCUGUUUAUUGUAUAAUUACAGAUGGUGUCAUCAUUGCUCAGUGUGCCGGGACAUAUACCAGAAGGCAUGAUAAUAAUUUGUUGUACAGUGUAUAGUGAUGAGUUGACAAUGACAGUUUCACAGUUUUUUGUAACGGAUUCACUCAUAAACUUUGGUGAACUGUGUAGAGUUGAUAUCUCCGUGUCUUCAGCUUGUCUUUUUAUACAAUAUUUGCUUUGUGAAAAGGAAUGACGGAGAAAGGGAAUCCAGUCACCGUGGAGAAGUAGAGAUGAUCAGUGAGACUUGACCCCAAAACAACAACUUAAUUACAGCCCUGAAACUUGAAUAAAUCUGCCCUCUGCCAUUUGAGAAGCAGCAGUUCAUUGUAAAAUUGAAACUAAAUAGUCUGAUGAAGACAUGACAAGAACCCAGGUGAUAUCAUGUGCAAGAACAGUAGAAGUACCUGUGUUUUAAAUAUGCACAUGAUGCUUAAGUUUUGAAGAAAUUCUAAAUUUUCAGAAAUAUCUCUAUUUAAUCUCUAUCAAGCCUUCUUACAUGUCCUGAAUGCACUACAUUGUAAGACUGUUGUUAACAGUUAACAGAUUCUUUAGCCUUGAAAUUCAUGCUGGUUCUAAAUAAUGUAUUUUGUUUGUUUGUUUGUUUGUUUGUUUGUUUUUAAUUCUGUUUAGCUUUAUUAUGCAUUACACAGGGGGACUUUGAAGGCAUGAGUGCCAAUGAGCCACAUACUGUAGAUGCCCCUGUAAAAUUUUUAAUACUAAAAUGAUUUAAUCACAGUGUUUGUAUGAUGUCAAUGGACGAACAGCUGGUACGUGCCCAGUGUACUGCAUAUUAACCUGCUUCUUUGUACAUGAAACAGUAACUGUAUAUAUUGAUCUGGUUUAAUGUCUGUUUUGGUGUCCGGACACUUGACUUUUAAAGUCAUCUCUUGUAUGAUUUAUACCUUUUGUGACCUGUUGUGUGUUUUUCAAUAUGUAUGUUUUUCAAAGGUGUAAAAGCCGCAUCAUCUUUUAAAAGCAAUUAAAAUAAUUCUGACUCAGAA